UUCACGAUAGGAAGUUCUCGGUUUAUCCAUCUCUUGUCAAAAUGGCUCGUACCAAGCAGACUGCCCGUAAGUCAACUGGAGGCAAGGCCCCACGCAAACAGCUGGCUACCAAGGCUGCCCGAAAGAGCGCCCCUGCCACUGGUGGUGUCAAGAAGCCCCAUCGUUACAGGCCUGGUACCGUUGCUCUUCGUGAGAUCCGCCGUUACCAAAAGUCAACUGAGCUUUUGAUCCGCAAGCUGCCAUUCCAGCGUCUUGUGCGUGAGAUUGCCCAGGACUUCAAGACUGACCUGCGCUUCCAGUCUUCUGCUGUGAUGGCUCUCCAGGAGGCCUCAGAGGCUUACCUCGUCGGUCUCUUCGAGGACACCAACUUGUGCGCCAUCCACGCCAAGCGUGUCACCAUCAUGCCCAAGGACAUCCAGCUCGCCCGCCGCAUCCGUGGAGAGCGUGCCUAAGCACCAGGCUCACUCCGAGUUCUUCCAACUCGACCCACAAUACAACCGGCUUUUUUCAAAGCCACCACAUUCAGUCAAUGAAAGUCGUACUUAUCUUUUGUGUGAUUGUGUUUCGUAAUCUCUUGUUCUCGCAGUCAUGCCGUGGAACUGUAUACUGGACAAAGGUAGUAGGACAUACAUAACGUAGUCUUGGUAGUAACGUGAAUUGCUCGUGAUUAAUAGUUUUAUUUCACUGGUCCAGCGACGUCCUGCAGGAUGAUUGCCGCCGUAGUAUUUGCCUUGUGAUGCAGAUAGGCGAAGUCGGCCUAGUUGGUUCCGUUGUAAGAUUUGCGUGCUCGUCUU